CACAGUGCUGUAGUUCUCCCACCCACUCUUACAUCUGGAAGGAUUCUUGCUGUCGUAGUGAUACUUAACCACUUAUUCCUCUCCAGUAAUGGGAUUGUUUUUCAUGAGAUUGGAGGUCACAUUUUAUCUUCCUACUCAGCACCAACCUCAUAGAAGGCCUCUGCAGGCAUAGAGGAGCCCUCGCUCUAGAGCUCAAGGUUUCGGAAGUGGAAAUCCCAGGGAAACCAUAGGGCACAGGGCCUAUCGGGUCGGGAAGGUUUGCGGAUCAGCGGAACCACCACUCAGCAUGGCCAGACCUCCGGGGCUCCUGCAGGCCCUCUGCGUGCUAAUGGUAGGCUGGGCGCUGGUGCAUUGCCAGGUGGGGAGGGAAGAGGAAGUGGAGGAAGACGGGGUGGAAGAGGAGGAAGAGAGAACACCCUCUACGGUGGAGCCAGAGAUGACUCACUGUCCGGAGGACUGCAGCUGUAAGGCAGAAGGCGCGGUGGACUGUGCUGGGGUGGAUCUCUCCGAGUUCCCCGGUGAUCUGUCCGAAAACACCCGGCAACUGUCUUUGCAGAAUAACCAAAUCAGGGAAGUGACUGUAGAGCAACUGUCCAGACUCCACUUGCUGGAGACACUCAACCUGCAGAACAACCGUCUAACUUCACAAGGGCUUGAGGACGAGGGAUUUGAAAUGCUAGAUCGACUGAGUUACUUAUACUUGGCGAACAACAAGCUCACUGCGGCUCCCCGGCUCCUCCCUUCAUCUCUGGUUAGCGCAGACUUUGCGGCCAAUCAGCUCACCAAAGUCUAUCCCAACACUUUUGGUCAGAAGCCACGUCUGAAGUCAGUAUAUCUUCAUAACAACAAACUGACGGACGCUGGGCUCCCUGAGAACAUGUUCAAUGGCUCUGACUCCGUGGAGAUCCUGAUCAUGUCCAGCAACUUCCUCCGAUAUGUGCCCAAGAACCUCCCCUCGUCUAUCUAUCGACUCCACUUCAAGAAUAACAAACUGGAGAAGAUUCCCCACCAGGCUUUUAGCAGUCUUUCCCAGCUGCGAGAACUGUACCUGCAGAACAACCUUCUUAGCAAUGACGGCAUGGACAAUGAGACCUUCAGCCACCUGAGUAGCCUGGAAUACCUGGAUUUGUCCAACAACAACCUCAGCGCGGUGCCCAAGGGCCUCCCCCGCGGCCUGGUGCUGCUCCACCUGGAGAAGAACUCCAUCCACAGCAUCGCGGCGGAUGUCCUCACCCCCGUAAGGAACCUGGAGUAUCUGCUUCUGCACAACAACAAGCUGCGCUCGCGUAACAUCCACCACAUGGCAUUCCAGGGCCUGAAGAAACUACACACCCUGCACAUGUACAACAACCUGCUGGAGAGAGUCCCACGGGGGCUGCCCCGUCGCGCCAAGACCCUCAUGCUCCUGCACAACCUCAUCUCCGAGAUCAACCGCAACGACCUGGCCUUGCUUUACACCCUGACUGAGCUCAACCUCAGCUACAACAAGAUCACCAGCCCCCGCAUGCACAAGGAGGCCUUCCGUAAACUCCGCCUGCUGGAGUCCCUGGACCUGUCCGGAAACAGCCUGCACGUCCUUCCCGUGGGCCUGCCAAAGAGCCUCCAGGUGCUCAAGGUGAAGGACAACCAGCUGAACUCCAUCUCCGACGGCGCACUGGGGAGCAUGAGCAAGCUGCGCGAGAUCAACCUCAGCAACAACCAACUGAAACUCAGCUCCUUCUACCAGGGCGCCUGGCAGGGGCUAAGUUCUCUUACCGUGUUGGAUCUCUCGGGGAAUCAGCUGUCUCACGUGCCCGUCGACCUGCCGGAGACCUUGGAGUAUCUUUACCUGCAGAGUAACCGCAUCAGCAGUGUCCCAGCAAGCGCAUUUGAGAGCACGCCCAACAUUAAGGGGAUCUUCCUCAGGUAUAACCGGCUGUCUGCGAAUGCAGUAGUAGAGAGCGCCUUCUCUCACUUAAUGAACCUGCAAGUGCUAGAUGUUGGUCCAACUUCCACCAGACCCACCCAUGAAGAUGACUUGGAGGAGGAGACGGAUGAGGAAGAGGAAGAAAUAGAGGAAGAUGGUCAGUAAGACCAUCAAAAGAACCAGAGCUAUUAAAGUGACCGGUGGCCAAACAACCUGUUGCACUCACUGCCCCAGACCUGCUCAUCCUUUCUCUGUGAAUGGUUUCGGAAACAAACAAACAAACAAACAAGAAAACAAACCCCUUAUAUUUAAAACCCUUACCCCAUUUGUUUACACAUGCAAAAAUUUGAGAUUUUUGCUACUUAUUUUGAAAUUCAAGAUGGAAAUGUGAUGAAAUUCAGAACUGAAAAGGAAUGUAACAUCUUUUUUUUUUGUUGGUGAUGUGAGUUUGUCUAUGAAGGCAGAAUCAAAUGAGCCCACUAAGCACACUUAAGGGAAUGCAUUUGUGAAGUGAAAGUCAGAAAUCUAUUUGGUGCGGGAUACCAGAUAAGUGUUUUCUUGGCUUACAGCUGCUAUUAAAUGUCUUCAUGCUCGCAUAACUGUGUGUUUCCACAAGCCAGCUUGAAAAACACCACUGCCCGGUCACUGGGUUCCAGAGCACAGCGGAACUCAGAUGCUUGAAUGGAACCCUGGAGCUCAUCAACGCAAAGUCAGAACUAUGACAAUCAAAGGAGGAAGAACAAGACAGCUGAUGUCACAUGACCUGGGGUAGGGAAAAUGAGUGAUGUGUGGAUGCCUCAAAGAGUCUGACCCCUGGGAUCCCACUGUGUUUCACAGCCUGAGACGUCAGAUAACGAUUGGACAAUUGGGGACUGCUGCUGAGGGACGUCUCUGAGGACUGAUGUCUUAUACAUAUAGAGAUAUCUUUGAUGUCAUUCUCUCCACGCCACGACAGAACCCAUGCAAAAAGAGCAACAUAUUACUGCUAGCCUGUCUGCUUUUUCAUUUUGGCUUCAGUCUACUUGGCAGACAAACUGCUUGUGAGGCAACAAACUCUUUUUCAACCCUUCUCAGGAGCUUCUUCUGUGUUGCAAAUUUCAUAUUCUGUGUUCAGUCUAAUUUUUUACAAAGCAAGAUAAGGUUUAUGUGCAUUUUAAUGCAAUUUGUAAAUACUCAUGCUGCAAAAGUCACAAUUAUGCACCAGACAAAUGUAUUUUUGUGUAUUGCGCCAUUGCAAUUACUAGUAAAAUCUGUUGCACAGCAAUGAAUAUUUGGAAUAUCAAUCUGGUGAGAUGUUCAAAUAAUUAAAAUAACAUGAAUCCCAAACGUUUAAUUAAGAAAAGGUUGCUAAAAUCUUCAUGAUAAAUUAUAAAUAUAAAAUUAUUUUAUAAAUGGAAAAAUAGAUUUGGGGUGGUAAACAAAAAAAAUAAAUAAUUUGGGACAGUGGUGAGUCAAGCACAAAGCAUUUCCCCUCAUGGGAUACAUUCCUGUCCUUUUACAAUAAAUCUUUCCACAUAGUUUGGUCAGUGUUCAAAACUAAGUGGCACCGGAUAAUUUCAGUCUGUACAAGCACCCUUGUCCUGAAGUGUCAAGGUCAAUGGAUUUUGAGUUAUUUUUUUUGCAGUCUUUUGGAGCUUUGCUUUUUUUUUUUGCAAUUGUUAUUGGAACUGUUAAUGCGAUUUGUUCAGUCCUUUUGAGUUCCAUGUAUUGUGUUUUUCAAUUUAGUUUGCAGCGACGGGAUUACUUUGUUUAGAACGUCAUUCAGUUUUGAUCUUGCUAAGUCAACCUGACACAAAUCCGUUCGCCGCUAGGCCUUUCAUUCCCACCUUUCACAGUCAUUUCAUUUUAAUAAGAUCAACAUAAAAAAAAAAAACCUCAAAGGUUUCCCUUCAAUUUUUUGCUUACAGCAGUAUAUUAAUUUGAGCGAUGGAAGUCAAGGCUGGGGACAGAAAAGAAACAGAAUCAUCUCUUUUUUUUCUAUGACAGGAUAGCACUUUCUUAUCUACAAAAUAACAUAAUUGGGACAGAAAUGACAGUGUAAAUGAAUGCAAAUACUAGGGUAGAGACCGGCCAAAUGAUCGUUGUAUUGUAAUGCUUUAAUUCCAUGGUACAGCUAAAGUUCCCAGAUUACUGCAUGUCUAUGUCCAAUGCUUACAUGAUAGCUUUCUUCAAGGAGAUAUAGCAACAUAACUCAAUACAGCAACCAGGCCAUUGAUACAUGUAAAAAAAAAUGCAUACACCACAGUUCCAUACACAGUGCAUUUCCAUCACAAGUAAUUUAUUUUAACAGAUACAAUUUUACGUACAAGUACGUAUUUUGAAAUUUAAUUGGAAAAAAGUAUUCUUAGUUGACAAAUGUAGCAAAGUAAAUAAUGCAAUAAUUAGCAUUGAAAAAAAAUCAACAACGUACCUUUGCUUCAUAUAAAUGUAUAUACUGUGUACACCGCUGGCUGUACAGAGUGGGCAUGGCACAACUAUCUUCAUAUUCAUAUUCCUUUUCUGCACUCGUGGGGUACCCUGAUACCAGGGGUCCCCAGUAAUGCCACUGCCCUCCCUUUUAUUCUUUAAGGCAGAAGAAUGCAUGAGGGGAUGUUCAGGGGCUCAUACACCCCUCCCCUUAGCAAAUGAAAUGAUAGUAGUUUAAAUUAUAUCAUCUGAAUUACAGAUCACGCCUUUAAUUAUUUAAGCAGUAGUAAGUGGUGGUAGCAGCAAAUGAAUGAUACAGCUUCAGAGCCAUUGACUGUAUGAUGUCAUAUCUCGGCAUGUGCCACGCAUCUUUGCUGUAUGCUGAUGGAUUAUGUUUUUUUCAACCAGAUGCUGGUCAGCAGCAUCUGUGGAUUUGUAUAAGUUGCUUCUGACAUACAUGGCUAAAUGUUUUUUUUUUUUUUUUGCGUACGGACAUGGAUGGAAGCCUGACUAUGGGCCCCAUAUGUUGAAAUGAGGAGAAAGCAUAUAAUCAAGAAAAACCAGCAGUGCAAUAUAACGGCAAAGACAAUACACCACCUCCAUUACCAAGAAAGCGAUUACCUGACAAUGAGUUAGUGAUUCACAAUGCACUUUGCCUCAUAUUACAGGAAUGCUGUUCCAAAAGAGUAACACUUGACUGAAGAAAGCUUAUAAAAUUCACAUGUAUCAAAUUAAAUAAGCAAGAGUAAAAAAAAACAGAGCAGGUAUUCCACUUGAAUACAUCAUUGUUUGAUUAAAAAAUGAGAACUGUU